GGCUGAGUGAGGUCACGUUGUGUGAGCUUCUGACGUCUGAAUGGCAGAGAAGGAUCACGUGGGACUGCUUCAGACACAAAUAAUUGGUCUAUGUUUUAAUGGUACUAAAGCGACUACUGUAAACCCGGUCCAGUAUUCCGUCGAACGGUUUGUGCGUCUUGACCCGGACUGCCGUCCUCCGUGUCCUGUAUGAUCAGGAAAUUCAGGACAACGGCUGAAUAGUAUGACAGAGGAGCCCGGACGCAGCCCUUGAACGCACCAUAUGAGGCGGGCCAAGUACUGUAUUUGAACGUAGAGUGGCGAAAGAGGACUUUGUCGUAGCCACCUUUAGAUUAACCGACACAAACACAGAAAGAUGGUCUGAAAGACACAUUACAGAUAACACACGGCAGGUGUUUAUUUACAACGGACAAUGCAGUAACAUCACGUUGUCCUUUGGUAGGUAUGGCGACAACCGAUCAACGAUCCGGCGAGGCUAAACAUUACUGUGUUGGCUAAUGUGGCCCAGACUCAGCAAAUGAGCCCAAUGCAUUAGCGUACAUAUUUCAUGCAUAGCGUAGCCCCUUUUGACGUCGAGAACAGGACGGUCGUUAGGGAAUUAAGAUGCCUAUUCAAGCGCAUUGUGCAAUUUGCUGCGAUAUCUUCGAUCAGUCCAGAGAUGUUGCUGCUGUCCCCUGCGGACACACUUUCCACUAUGAAUGCCUUCUUCAAUGGUUUCAACAAGGCCCAAAAAAAACAUGCCCACGAUGUCGGAAGCAGGUCAGCAACCGACAAAUCAUCACCAAGCUCUAUUUUGAUGCUGAGGGAGAAGAAACGAAUUCUGCAUAUCCAGAAAGUUUAGAGAAUGAUCCUAAUAGGCUAAGGGUCCUUUUAAGUGCGAAAGAGCGAGACUGUCGCGACAAACAGAAAACAGUAGAUAGUUUGAAGGAAUCUGUGGACAAUCAGAAGAAAGACCUGGAAAGUAUGCGGAAAGAGAUUUCAAAGAAGGACAUAUUAUGUUCUGCUCUCAAAAAACAAAUGGGUUAUCUGGAGACUCAAGUUGAAGAUGUUCGGGCUACUAAGGACGAGGUCCGUAGACUGAGGACCAAAAUAAAAACAUUUGAAAGUCUGGAUGUUUUGUUACAGGGCCAAAGAGCAGAAGUGGAGUCCAUGAUUACAGACAUGGGUGUGAGUCAAUCUGCUGUGGAGCAGCUCUCCAUUUACUGUAUCUCUCUCAAAAAAGAGUACGACAACUUAAAGGGAAGCUUUAAGUCUUCUAACGACAUGUGUGAGAGACUGAAGAGAGAAGUUCUCACCUCCAAUGACAAGUUCCAAAAAGCUUCAGCUGAAGUGAAUCAAAGGAAAGAGGACACCAAGUCGCUGCAACACGAUCUCGCUAAUGCUGACAAAGAGAUAUCUAGUUUGAAGAAGAAAGUGGAGUUUCUUCAGAAAUCUCUGAGCAUGCCAGCAAAGACAAAUGAAUUGCUUAGUCGGCUUGUCUUUGAGAGCCCUGCUCCAAUGGAGCUGAAACAGCCUUGCCUCCACCAGCCUAUAGAUGGUGACGACAUUGACCUCAACCUAACCUAUGAUAUAACUACACCAGAUGCCGCCAAGAAGCCAAUAAAGGUCCCGAGCAAGAAAAUGCGUUUGGAUCAUCAAAUGUCAUUGGUGUCUAAACACAACGAGAGGGCUUCAACAUUAAACAAGGCCCGAGAGAAGGAUGCAACGAUGGAUCCUUUUAUGAGGAACUCUCUGCUCUUCCGAAACAAGACUUUAGGUGGCAUGCUUGAGCCUCAGAGGAAACUCGGAUCUGUGAACAGUGGUUAUGAUGGAUUAGGAGGACGAACCAAAUUCAUCCAACCUUCUCCGUUGGCAAACAUUCGCCAACUCAAAAAAGCUACAAGAAAAAAGGUGUGCAGGCCUCCACCCAAGAUGGCACCAUGUCUGACGUUGGACAGUUUCCUGGAGUAAUGAGUGACUCACAUGACAAGACGCAACAUGACGUGCAGCACAGGGAUUUCAGCAUUUAUCCUAGAACAGGACUCUUUCCAAUCACAAUAAAUUUUUUAAAACCAG